AUGGGCGUUCAAGAAAAAACAUUCCUGUUGUUAACAGUGUUAUCAAUUUGUAAAUAUGCCUGGACCAGUAACUUCAUGACAGUAAAAACAAUAGGCGAUUCGAACACCAUACUUCAGAAAAUCCGGCAAUACAAUGAAUCAAACGAUUUGUAUGUUGGAGGUCCGAAUAAGUUAUUCCAACUGUCGGCUGAUCUUGAGGUUUUGUUUGAAGUCGUGACGGGACCAACUAAUGAUAAUCGUCAUUGCUUACCAGAGCCAGACGUGUGUGAAGACUACGAGCGGAAGCCCACUGCCAACAAUAUCAGCGUCUUGGAGAUAGAUCAUUCCAAGAAAAAGUUGUUAGUCUGUGGAACUGGAGCACAAGGGUUAUGUCAUAUGCACAGUUUAGUCAACAUUACCAAAAAACAGACUAUGGUACACGAUGCCAUCACAAAUUUUGUUGGAAGCGGAACAUCAAGUGAAGUGUUCUUCAAAGUAUCGAACAACGAAAAUUUUUUAUAUGUGAUGCAAAGCUACGAUGAUCGUAGUUUGGAUUAUUCCCCUUUGUUUCUGUCAACAAGGAGGAUAACUCAGUUACCACAAGGUCGAGGGUAUAACAUAACCUACAAGGAAUACGAUGCGGAGAGCGAGGUAUUUUCGGGACUUGAUAUAGACAUAGAUCUAAAACCAACCUAUUACAUGAAAGCAUUACUGUCGUUUAGUUACAAAGAACAUGGCUUUUUCUUGAUGGAGCAACAAAAAUUGGAGGGUAACCCAAACCAAUUUGUGAUAAAACUGGGACGCAUUUGUUUUGAUGAUCCUGUCUACUAUUCGUACACAGAAAUUGAACUUCAAUGCAACUAUGGCAUUCCAGUUUACAGAUAUAACGUUGUGACAACGGCACUCGUCGAAGGCAAGUUCCUUUAUUACGCUGCAGGGCGAGCUUCCAAAGAUUCUCGAGAUUACAAUCCUGAUUCUGGCUCAGCUCUAUGUGUGUUCAAUCUCGACGAACUAAAUUCAUACAUUGAAGAAAAGUCAAUACUUUGUUACGAAAAUGGAGAAGGGUAUCGUCCAUUUUGGAUUUUUAAUCGAGACAAGUCUGUGAGGAAGUGUAAACAGCAAGAACUCAUCGUAAAAAAUAUCCAAGAGAACACAUUUGCUUUUUGCGGCACCAGUUAUAAUAGAGGUAUUGAAAUAGAGAAACCGUUUUAUCAGAAUAAAGCCAUUUAUGGAAACGAACAAAUUAUAAUUACGGCCAUUCAGCCAGUCGUACAAAAUGGCCUUGAUUACAUCAUCAUUGGGACAAAAGAUGGUCAUGUUAUGAAGAUUAUAGAAAACAUGGAAAGAAUGAAAUAUAAAGAGUUUUUGAACGUCAAAAUCAGUAAUUCUAGUAUCAGUUCUAGUUUGAUUCUUAACAGCAAUAAACUAUAUUUGCUCUCUGGAAACAAGGUUAUAAAAUUUCUGAUAGAUACAUGUAGCGUUCAUCAAGAUUGUGACUCUUGUUUAUCGAGUCGUGACCCCCUGGGCUGUGGCUGGUGUAAAGAUCAGUGUUUGACAGCCACGAAUUGUAUGAAGAUUGGUGGUGAGAGCAACAGGAAUAAAUGUCCGCCUUCUUUAUAUUCGAUUUACCCUCUAAAUGGACCAACUACUGGGGGAACCAUCCUGACAUUAGAGGGGCAGAAUUUUGGGGGACCUAGUUCAACAUUAACAGUGAAGUUGUCCAAUGUCAAUUGUAAAGUUAUAGCAUGGAAUACCUCUAGCUUAACUUGUACAACGCAGCCUGCGAGUGGACCUCAAACCAGUACAGUUCAACUCAAUGUUUUAGAUCAGAUGCUGACUGGUGAAAGAAAUUAUAACGUUGAUGGAAGUGUCUAUUCUACUCAACACUUUUCCUAUAAGGAAACAGUGGUGUCGAUGUUUGAGCCUACGUAUGGCCCAGUGGCUGGUGGCACUGAUAUUUCUAUACGUGGAGAGAAUCUAGAUAUUGGCUUAAACCGUUCCGUGUCUGUGGCUUAUGACUUUAAUUGUGAAAUAUUCAAUUUGACAUCUGAUUUGAUAAAUUGUAAAACUGUUCCUUGGAACAAGACAUCAGGAUUUAUCGAUCGACAGCGUAGAUCAGUAGACACAGACGCUAAAGGUCGUGGACCUCUCAGGUUGACCAUAGAUGGCGCUGAAUUCACAUCAGAUGCUAUGGAGAAUUCCAAUUUUUACUAUUUACCAAACCCUGUUAUCUCUCAGAUUAAUCCACGAAAAGCCUUUAGAAGUGGUGGCAUACCUUUAAUAGUUCAAGGUAAACAUUUAGAUUCGGUUGCUAUGCCGUAUCUAAGGGCUUCAAUCGGUAAUGAAGAUAUUGCAGAUAAGCAGCUAUGCACAGUCAAUCCUGGGGGUGAGUCUAUGACCUGCCCUUCAUUAGAUGUGAGGUCAGUCAUUGUGGACAUCGACCCCAAUGACCCUGCAGAAGUUAAUAUUUGGUUUGUGAUGGAUGGCGUGUCUGACUUGCGGAACUUUCAUCAGACCCAGGGAGACCUCAGCAGUAUGACCUAUUACCCAGAUCCUGAUUUCGACAGUUUUCCAGGUAUUGGAAACGGAAGAAAUUUUCAAGGAUUCAGUAAAAGUGAUGUGAAAGUUAUAAUCAAUGGUAAACUGUGUAAUGUGACAGAUAUUAAAACAAACAGUCUGGUAUGUUCUCCCGGAAAUAAACCAAAACAGGUAGACCCAGACAACCAGGAUAAACUUAAAGUUCAGGUAACCGUUGGUAAUUUGGUGUUUGAUAUAGGAUUUUUAGUGUACACCAUGACGAGCGACGCUGGUUCCACAAUGAUUAUAGUACUCGGCCUUAUUAUUGCGUUGGUCGUCAUAGCAGUCAUUAUUAUCCUUCUGAUCAUGAAGAAGAAGCGAUUGGGGUUUUUCAAGCCGAGGUUAGACGAUCGAAGUAUACGUUACACACAAGGUGAUCAAAUUGGUAUCGAAGGUUUCGCUCCGGCAGAAGGCAUUACAUAUAAUUUGGAAAAUCGGCAAAAUAACUAUACAGAGCGAGGUGCUAUGGAACAAAUUUCAGCCACUGAUCUCAUAGAUGAUGAUCUACUAGCUUUGAUAACCAACGAAAACUUACUGAUCGGGAGUGAGCACUUGAUGAAAACUGAUAUUCUUGGACAAGGUAAUUUCGGCUGUGUGUAUAAAGGAUUUCUUACGACACCAGAUGAAAAGGGAGAUAAGCUUGUUGCCGUUAAAACAUUACAUCAUAUUAAAACAAACAGUCUGGUAUGUUCUCCCGGAAAUAAACCAAAACAGGUAGACCCAGACAACCAGGAUAAACUUAAAGUUCAGGUAACCGUUGGUAAUUUGGUGUUUGAUAUAGGAUUUUUAGUGUACACCAUGACGAGCGACGCUGGUUCCACAAUGAUUAUAGUACUCGGCCUUAUUAUUGCGUUGGUCGUCAUAGCAGUCAUUAUUAUCCUUCUGAUCAUGAAGAAGAAGCGAUUGGGGUUUUUCAAGCCGAGGUUAGACGAUCGAAGUAUACGUUACACACAAGGUGAUCAAAUUGGUAUCGAAGGUUUCGCUCCGGCAGAAGGCAUUACAUAUAAUUUGGAAAAUCGGCAAAAUAACUAUACAGAGCGAGGUGCUAUGGAACAAAUUUCAGCCACUGAUCUCAUAGAUGAUGAUCUACUAGCUUUGAUAACCAACGAAAACUUACUGAUCGGGAGUGAGCACUUGAUGAAAACUGAUAUUCUUGGACAAGGUAAUUUCGGCUGUGUGUAUAAAGGAUUUCUUACGACACCAGAUGAAAAGGGAGAUAAGCUUGUUGCCGUUAAAACAUUACAUC